UAAAGCUAAGAAAAAAAAAUGUGAUGAAAACAACGAAAAAUUGUAGAAAGCUCUGAGAGAGAGAGACUGGUCGAAAAUUAUUAUUAUUCGAUAUAAUUUAUUGGCCCCGUAAAAUGCUGCCAGAUUGUUUUAUUAUUAUUAUUAUUUUUGCCAUUUUAAUCAUUCAAUAAUGUUUUUAUAGAUUUAAUCAAAAAAAGAAUUUAUAAUUUCGACAACAGUUGAUUAAUGGCUAAUUCUUCGUCACCCAAAACAUCCGACAUGGGUAUUCCAGCAAGUCCUCGUCGAUCAAAUCGAAAAGGUGAAAGACUAAAAAUGCUAUCACAGAUUACGAUUCUCGAUGGAACAAUGGAUGGUAAAAUAAAUGUCAGUUUGAAAAUUGACGAUUGCUCAUCUGUCGAUGAUAGCUCGUUAGCGCUAUUGGCUAUGCCUGAUGGUCCUUUUAUGAAAUCUGAUCCAAUCAAGCCAACUUUUCAUCCAUUUGUGAUCACUGUUCAAAGUGGCCAAAGAAUCUACGGAGGAAGCUAUAUAUUUGGAUUGAAACAAAUUGCUCGUUGUCAUGAAACCGAUGAACAUAAAGUUGUAUACAUUAGUCGAGCUCUAGUCGCAUUGACCAUUCGGCCAUUGGUUGAUCAAUUGAAAAAAUUGUUAGAAUGGUGUGUCAAUGAAGGUGGAUGUAAUCCACGUUGGCUUCGAUGUUUGACCAAUAUUCGAUUGCCACAAAAAGGAAGAUUCGUCAUUAUUCAUCUACCGAAUCUCAAAAGUUUGAAAAACAUUGAUGAUUACAGCUCAACAUUUGACAAAACAUUUGAAAUCGCCAACACUGUAAUCAUAUUUCGGCCGCUGAAUGUAUAUCCAUUAUUUGAUUAUUCAUUUCGCUUAUUGCUGACCAAAGUCAUUACAUUCGAAAAUUUACUUUUAUUGUUCAGCUGUGCACUGAAUGAAUUUCAAAUUUUAAUCGUCAGUGAUUCAUAUUACAAUCUGAUGUUAAUUUCCGAAUGUUUGAUAGCAUUAUUGAAUCCAUUCAAAUGGCAACACGUUUAUGUACCGAUUCUACCGAGCAAACUUGGUCUUCAUUAUUUGGAUGCACCUACCCCGUUCAUUAUGGGUAUUAAUUCUCGUUUAAGAAAUUUUAUCAAACCAAAACGUAUUGCUUGUUAUUUUGAUUGUGAUAGUAAAAAUCUUGAACUAAAUGUAGAUUCAAAUGAAUUUCAUAUACCACCAUUUGUUGAAGAAUUACGUAAUGAUUUACAAGAUUUGUUUUCCGGCGACACUCGUCUUAUGUAUUCGGAUCAGCCAAAAAGUGAAGCAUUGAAACGUGUAUCGGAAUUAGCACAUCGUUACAAUGUUAUUGACAAUGAAUUUACCUGUUUAGAUGAAGUGAAACUCAAUCAAAGUAUUCGUAUGUUAUUCUUUAACAAAAUCAAAAAAUGUAUACUAAACAAUUAUCAACAUUACAUUAUGUGUGUUGCUGAUCCAAAAGAGCAAGUAAAAUUCGACACCGUAUCCUAUCUGUCCGAUCAACCAUUAUCAAUGCGACCAUUUUUACAGAAUUUUGUUGAAACACAAAUGUUUGCCUCGUUCAUUGAUGAAGCCAGUAAAGCCACGUUGAAGAAACAAAAAUGUGAAACUGAAGCCAUGAAUAUGGCCGAUUCAUUCUAUUUUAGCAUCGAUGAUGAUUAUGAUCAAACUGAUUCAUUGGAUUAUUGUCAAAAUCUGAUUGAUGCUCGAUAUCAAAAUGCUCAAAUUGUAAACUUAGUUGAACUUGAAGAGCUUAACAGUCAGAAUAAUUGCCUAUCGGGAGCAUCAACUCCAUUUUCACCGUUUAAGAAAAGAAUGCAAACAUCUUCAGCAAAUAAUCUAAGAAAUGUAGUGAAAAAUUCCGUUAUAGCUUCACCAUCGAAACAGAUUCCAGUUGCAUUGACUGGUCCAACCAAUUGGAAAGUGGUUGAAACACUUCUGAAAGAAGUCAAAAAUAAAACUAAACGAAUUUUAUUAGCGAAAAUGGGUUCGGAUGAAAUUGGAUCAGCAGUAACAAGCGGUACCAGCAUCAACAGUCCGACUAUUAGUACACCAGAAGACAAUACUUUGAUAGCUGCACUUUGUGAUUUAAUCGAACGAAUAUGGUCACAUGCACGCGUACAAGACAGUAAUAUGGACAGUAGUCAAACUAAUCGAUGUCCAUUUUGGGCUCAUAUCACAGCUUAUUUCCAGGUUUCAAUGAAUGAAAACAAUAUUAAAACGACAUCAGCUUUGCCACUAUCAUCACAUCGAUUGAAUCAUUCCAGUUCGGCAACACUCGAUUCUAUUGAAUAUCAUGAUGAUCAUUCAUCAGCAAACGAAGAUCAAGAAAGUCUAGUCGGUUGGAUAUCUAUAAAAAAACGUAUCGAUUCAUUGUCCCAAUUAUCAUUGGAUCAAAGUACAUUUUUAUCUUCACAACGUAAAUCAUCAUCAUCAUCAACCACAAACUAUCGAUCGAUUCCAUCGACAUUGUCAUAUGAUUACAAAUCAAUUUGUGAUAUGACCGAUAUUAAAACCGAUGUUGGCAAAAGUCGAGCUUUCAUACGUUUAGCAUUAGAGCGAAAACUAUUGAGUAAACAUUUACGAACUUUAUUAUUUAAUCAAGAUUUAUUACAAUCAUUGUAUAAACGAUAUUCAUUUCUACGUUGUGAAGAUGAACGGGAACAAUUUCUAACACAUUUAUUGACAUUAAACGCUGUGGAUCUUUCCUGUUUCACUAAUACAUUUACAACAAGUAAAUUACCAUAUACAUUGGUUAUAUGUGCAUCAUCGUUUACUGGAUCAAUUUCCAUUAUUGGAUUAUCUAAUCAUACAAAAGAACAGAUUGUGAUUGAUGGUAACAAUCAUGAACAUUUUACAUUUCGACAUAAAAAUUUUGGCUACAUUUUUACAAUGUCUGUGGCCAUCAAAGCUAAUCAUAAAGUGUUUAUAGAAAAAUGUUUUCUCCGUAACGAUGUGACAAAUGCAUUGUUUAAAUUUGAAUGUGGCAAAUGGUUGGGCAAAAAUAUGGAAGAUGGUUCAAUCGAACGAAUGUUGAUUGGUGAACCGGUUUCCGGUACUAUCAAUGAUCACAUUAAACGUGGCAAUCAUUCACGAUCAUCAUCGAUUGGUCGUAAUUGGUCUCGUAGUGGUGAAACCAACAAUACCAAAGAAGAUAAAUACUCGAUUGAAGAUUUACAAUCAUCAUUAGGUGAAUCAAUCAAUCAAAUAAUGAAAUUAUAUUUUAGUGAAAAAAAUCGUCAUACUCAUGCUGUCGAUAUUGCCAUGCCAAAUAAUAAAAGCAUAAAAUCUGUCAAUAUUUAUCAACAAAGAAUAAUUUCCAAUUCAUCAUUUACAUUGAAUAAAAUAAAUCGAUGUUCAAAAAAUUCAAUGAACAAUGUAAAUAUGAUUGGCUUGUUUUUUGGUCAACGAAAAUUUUUAUGGAUCAUUACGCAAGUAUUUUAUUAUGGUUUCAAAAAUCGUCGUUCAUUUCGUCGUCAAACAUUCAUAUGGGAUUAUCUACUACGUAUACAAUGUGAAUUGAAACUAACGAAUUCAAAGGAUACAAAUCAUCAGGAUUUUAUCCAAUUAAUCGAUGAUAUUUCCACUAAAGCCGAUACAUAUGGUAAAGAUAUGAAAUUUCAAUUAUUCAUAUUCAUAUCACUCAGAGAUCAUAAAUUAACACCAUCGUUUCUUAAACUAUUGUUACGGCCACAAUUGUUACAAUUACAUUAUGAAAUGGAAUCAUUUUUACGUGAUCAAACAUUGUUGACAUUUCUAACACAAAUACUCAAUACAUUCAAUGAAAUUGAAUUGAAAUUGGAUAAAAAUGUUACGAAAAAUUUGUGAUUUUUACACAUAACACAACAUUGACGAGUUUUUUUUCGCUCUUAAAAAUUACCAUAUUUUUUUGCCAAUGAAACACGAAAUAAAAAACUGU